GUCAAAGGUACAUAUAACAUUAUUUCAACAAAAUGGCUGAACUGUAAAGACGUGUAUUUCUGAAAUUCUGUUACAAUGGAGCACCCAAACGAUUAUUAUUACCAAGAAUACGAAUUUGCGUAUCAUACAGACGUUGCGGACAUCGUCAAGUGUAGUGACAAAGUGUGUAGCGCGGUAAACAGAGUGAAUCAUUACGACUCAGGACCUAGAAUUCCCCGUAAAGUUCACAAUCACAAUCCAACUCGCAGUCUUCUAGAAUCGCUGAAAAGACAUUUCCUGAUUAUUUCAAGUGUAGAUUCUGUGUUAUGAAUAUGGAAGUGUAAAUAUAAUGUCUUAGCAUCCUCUUAGAACCUGUAAAGUUAGUGUACGUUUGUAAAAAUGAAUAGUUUUAGUAGUAGUCACAUGCGCAGUAGACGCAAAUAUCUCGAUCUUAACGGCUUCGCUUCGGUCCAUUUGCCUACAUCUACAUAUUGUACUGACGCUCAAGCAAAGUCAGACAAGAUGAAGUGUACCAUUGAAGACGACAUUUUGAAAAAUUUGCACCUUUUACCCGAUCCGUUGAAGAAAAAUUUGGCUGAUUCUGUGAUAACUGGUGAGACAAUGAAAAAAAACGCAGUCGAAAUAAAGGAGCGCAAGACGCACGAGGCUGUAAAGCCACCAACGGGACAAAGAACGGAUUACUACCCGUCACUAUCUGGUAUUACAAGCUUUUUUUCUGGUGUUUUUAACAUAAUGGGUACUAUAUUUCAAAAGCGCACGAAUUCCCCCGUCUCUCAGUAUUACGAUUGCUUUGAUAACGAGCACGAUGAUCAGAUGGCGCCACCUAUGUUCUGGCAGCCAUCCAAAUUUGAGGUUCGAAAUAAAAUUGAAUCUGACAUGCCGUUUGGCAGUACCAAUGAUUCUAGUACAAAUUUGGAUGUAGAGAUGAACUCUGAAUGUAAAGCGGCCGUGGCUCAGUGUGAGGAGAAACUAAAUCAAGUUCGUAAUUUGCUUUGUAAGAAAAAUGAUCAAAAUGUUCCAAAAGCUAAAAACAGCCCGCGAAAGCCAAGGAAAGCCUUCGUUGAGGCAGGUUCAGUGGAAGAAAGUUUCGAAGAUGCUUUCUCUGAAAGUGUCUUAAGCCUUGCCAACGAUUCUUUUGUAGAAUGCAGCACCCCGUUCAAAAGUCACAACGAAUUAUUGAUUCAAUCUGAUGCACCCCGAAUAAAGACUAACUUCUAUAUCACGGAAAAUAUGAACAUAACAAAAAACAUACCAGAGGAAACAGAAUCUGAAAAAACAACAGAAGUAAAGCAAAACUUGAAUACUAAAAAUCUUUCAAAUGGUGAAAUUGAAAUUUCAGUAACUAAAACAAAAGACGAAAUAAUAUCAUCUUGUGAAGAUAAACUGAAUAAAAUAAAGAAAUUAUUACAGUCAGGACAUUGUAAAACAUCUAAAAACUCUAAACCAAUACCAAUAUCAACGGAAAAUAAAAUUGAAACAUUAUUUGGUAAUGAGAUGAACUCGUCAGACUUACUUACUUCAAGUAAUUCAGAAGAUAGUGAUCAUUUCAACGAAAUUACCGGCCGCUUUAACUCGUCAUCUGUCGAUAGUGAGGAUUCGUUUCAAAUAGUCUUUAAGGAUAGCCCUCGGAAAUGUAGAAGACGGAUACCAUCCGAUUGUGAAUCUGAAGACUCGUUUAUCGUUUUUGAGGAAUCACCUGAUAGUUGUUAUACGUCCAAUGAAGUAUUUGGAGAAGAAAUUUUGGGUAAUGAUAGUUCAGAUUCAGAUUCCGACUCAGACUCUGACAUCGAUGAUGACUCUGGAUGCGGUGUGCAAUGUAAACUGUCACCGAGUCUGUCGAGGACGUUUGGCAAUUUGACGGACGAUAGCUUGUAUGAUCAGGACGUUGUGGACAGUGCGCCAGUGAGUUCACCGAGUACUACAACACCGUGGUUAGAGAAGACGGGAUUAUUGCUAGAUGGAAAAAGUGAGAAAAAGAAGCCGACAAAGAGGGUCCACUUCUCCACAGAACCACCAAAAGUUCACAUUAUGAGAGUUUGGGCGUUCGCGGCGCGUCAAGCCAGAGCCGGACACUGGGAGCGCCACGCUCUCGACAGGGAGAGGUUUAGGAGGAGGAUAGCAGACGUUGAGAUGGCGAUAUCUUGGGUCCUCAAGCCUCAGCAUCGUACGAGAAUCGUCUUCCAAAGAUUCAUGCCUUGGUGGAACGCGCAGAAGAGAAAAGAACUAGCCGAAAAGAAGGAAACAGAAGAGGCAGAGAAGAGAAGAAUGAUAGAAGAAGUUAAAAACAAUGCCUCUGACGAAAGUUUGAAUAACUGUGAUCAAAGUAUACCAGAAGUAGUUGAAAAUAGAAGUAACAAUAAGGAUCUUAACCAAGAUGAAACAACAAUUGUUGUUAAUGAAAAUGCCGAUAAUAAUAUUACACAAGAAGUAGAAAUAUCUCAAAACAUUGUAAAUAUAGAUGAUACAACAAAAUUAAGCCAGAAUCAAAAUUACAGGGACCAAAAUGUAAAUACUCAAGUUAAUGAUAGCUAUGAGAAAAUUGAUAAAAUUAGUGACAUCAAUGAUUCAAUAGCGGUUAAAAGUAAUGAAGAAUCGUUAAUGAAAAAUGAAUUGUUGAUAAAAAAUUGUUGCAUCGAUACUUGAUGACGUAUGUUUUUUUUGUUGAAGUCAUUCUUUAUAUAGCAGAACUUGAAUGAAUUUAUCGCAAUAUAAAAAAAAAGUAUCUAAGUGCGAAGGGAUACAAGCAGAUGUGAUAUAUGGACUUGGUAAAAACGUAAUUUUUUUAUACUUUGGUUUUUUGUCCUAAAAUUGUUCUCCAUUUUGCUUUCUAUGGGGUUUAAUCGUACAGGCUAUCAGAGUGAAAAGAAAUCUUAAUACAUUACUCUCAUGCAUAGUCCAUAAAAAUACUAACCCAAAUUACCGAAUUAGUCAAUAAUGACGUAAAACUUUUUUAUUACUUUUCCUUGCAAUUUUAGUUUGAGGAUAUUUGCCUCAACUGGGAUUCGUUACAAGAAUCUCGUACGUUUGACGGUCGACGAAAUCAAAUCGAAAAUGCUAAAUCGAAAUAUAACGAAACGAAUAAACUAAAGAACUUGAGGGUAGUUCUAUCAAUGUUCAAAGGAUUAUUCAAAUCGGGAAAAGUCGUUUCAAGGAAGAAAAACAAUGAUUAAUUUAAAAAAAAAAUUAAGUUCCUAUACAAAGAAUGACUUACGUAUUAAAAUAUUAAGUAAAAUUUUAAAAGUCUUAAUUGACAACCAGGCAUGAUUUUAAAAGGAAAAAGUACUUGUUGCUAUAAAAAAAAAAAAAAAUUAUUAGUAAUAGUUUGAGUGGGGAUUAUCGUGUCUGGCAAUGUCACGAACCUGGCGCUUAAAUUGUUGUUAAUAUGACAGAUAUCGCAAACAAAUUAUAGUAACAUUGCUUUAUGGUGGCGAGAAUUGUCAUAGUUAUAUCAUCUUGACAAAAACUUCCAGAAUAUGUAUGUGUGUGAGUGUAUAUUUGAAUAUAUUGGCCUGUAUUACGUUUAUUUAGGCUUUCAACGUAAGACCAAUUCACAACAAUAUGGACUAUUAAACUAAUGAUCAAAGAUGACCAAAUCAUGUGCUCUUUAAAAUCAUUAGACUCAAACUCCUAAGUUCAAGUUCAUUUAUAUCUAAAACAAAAAAAAAAUGGCUUGUCUGUUUCUGAAAUACUAUUAAAAAAAAUUUGUCAUUUUAAAGUGGGUACAAAAUUUGUUUUAAAUAAAACUAAUCUCGAGUGCCUUUAAUGUCAUCGGUCCAAAGCAGGAACAACAGAAAUGAAUUGGUGGAAUAUUAAAUAAAUAAUGAACAUUAUCAAAAUACCUAUAGACAUGUAUUGUCUUUGACACUCUGUUAAAAUAAUUGUAGUCGCAUUAUGUCAAGUCUAUGAAAGACUACUGAUAAAGAUACAGCGAUUUUGGCAAGUAAUAUUGCGUUGUUUUAACACGGAAUGACACAUUGAUAUUCAAGAACUUUUUGGGCUAUAGGAUCACUCAAAACAAAUAUUAAAUGUUUAUAAGGGAUACAAAAUUUUUCGCCAGCAUGUCAGCUGUAAUGCAGUUAAAAAUCUAUUAAAUUGGACUGUGCUGCGCUAUGCUAACUUUUAACACCAAUGAGUCAGUAACAAGACUUUCCAAAAAAGUAGUUGAUGUCCAAUAUAUAUAAAGGUGAGGUUUUUUCGCCAAUAUGCCAGCUGUAGUUAAAAAAUAUAUUAAAUUAGACUGCACUGCGCUGCGUUAACUUUCAAUAACACGGAACAUGCAACAUUAUUGGUCUGUAAAUGACUUGAUACCAUAGUGAUGGGGUGAAACGGCACUUUUACGGUAAAAAAAAAAAAAAAAUUAAAAUUUGAGGAUGCUAAGUGCCCAACCAUCUAUUUUUAGACUGAAUUAAUAUUAGGUCUACAGAAAAAUGUAAAAAUUCAAAAAAAAAAAUCGCACAAUAUAAAAUUGUUCGAUAAAAUCCAACUGAUAUAUUAAUUUAGGAUAAUUAUAUGACAUUUAUAAAUAAAUAUAUAGCGUUGUGUAAAUUUAGAAAUAAAAAUAGUUGUGUGGUUUGUUAAAUUUUUUUUUUUUUUUUUUGUUAACUUUCAAAUUGAUGCAUCCUACGUAAUACUUCGUAGAUCCAUAGCAAUACUUUGUAAUUAUAAUCACUAUUUAUGUUUCUAAUUGAAGACUACGUUGUACGGUGAAAUAUAAGUUCUAAUGACACAAGACAAUUAUAUGUAUGAUGCAUCAAAUUUUUGUAUAAAUUUUAUUCCAUAAUUAUAAUAAGUUUGUGUAUAAAUAAAUGCUAUUGUGAAUAUUUGAGCAGUUUUUUCCUCUGUCAUAUUUAUUUGCAUUUAUAUCUUCGAAACUCUCUUUUGUUUCUUUAAUAAUUAAUUAAUAACACUCUGUUUAAAUUGUAAAUAGCAUUUCUUUUAUUUACAUAUUCUAAGGUUCUAUAAAACUUCUGAAAUUACGGUUAUGUAAACAACUUUUAGUUAUGUGAAAUAGAUAUGUACUUCGAUGCAUGUAUUCAGCAUAUGCAUGACGUUUAUGCAAGUCUAUGCAAAAUAUUAUAUUAUGUAGUGCCUUCAUAUCGGUCUGUCUGUAUUCAAAAUUAUUCUUAGUUGGUAAAAAAAUGUCGUUUAUAUUAUUUGAUGCUUAAAUAAAUUUUUCCAUAUAUAAAUAGUAA